CGACGCAGGCCGCAAGCUUUCUAUAAGCAGCAUCCUCGCUCUCCGUCCCCACAUCUACAUAAACAUUCAUCUUCGCCACUCUUUUCUUUUUUUAAACUCUUCUCUCUGUCGAUGAUCUCAGCGCUGCACUUGUCUUCACCAUCGUCAUGACCUCAACUACAUCUUCACAAGCCAAAGCGGCCGCAUCCGAAGUCGUCGAGGCGGUCAAGGAAAAGACUCCAUUCCUCAGUCCACAAGUCUCGUCGUACUUUAUCGCUGGAGGUGUCGCUGGUGCUGCAUCGAGGACGGUCGUCAGUCCUUUAGAGAGGCUAAAGAUUAUUCAACAGGUGCAGUCGACAUCGAGCGACAAGCAGUAUAAGGGCGUGUUCCGGUCGCUCGUGAGGAUAUGGAAUGAGGAGGGUUUCAAAGGAUACAUGAGAGGGAACGGGAUCAAUUGCGUGCGGAUUAUACCGUACAGUGCCGUGCAGUUUACGACAUAUGAACAGCUGAAGAAGUUCUUCACUGGCAAUGGCACGAAACAACUGGACACCCCGACUCGAUUAGUCAGUGGAGCCUUGGCCGGAAUCACAUCUGUUUGUACGACAUACCCACUAGACCUCAUUCGCUCCCGUCUCUCCAUCGCCAGCGCAAACAUCUUCAGCGCCCCUCCCUCCCCUCCCGGAUCCACAUCCUCACCCUCCAAUCCUACCGUCUCCUCUUCAACCUCAGGCCCCGGCGCCACCGCCACAUCAUCCUCAUCCGCAUCCUCAGCGUCAUCGAAACCGGCCCUCUCACAAGCCUACCACUCCGCCGUCCGAUCACCUUCAGAACUUACAAUGUGGGGUAUGACGCAAAAGGUGAUGCGCGAAGAAGGAGGCGUGCGGGCUUUGUAUCGCGGUAUGGUGACCACGGCGCUAGGUGUGGCGCCGUAUGUGGGGAUCAAUUUCGCGUCGUAUGAGCUGUUGAGGGGAUAUCUUACGCCGCCUGGGAAGACGAGCGUGAUGAGGAAGUUAGCAUGUGGUGCUCUUGCUGGCGCUAUCUCACAGAGUCUGACAUACCCUUUCGACGUUGUGCGUCGGAAAAUGCAAGUCGUUGGUAUGGGCGCUGCGGUGGGAUAUCAAUACAAUAACGCCUACGAAGCCGUCCGCGUCAUCAUUCGACACGAGGGUAUCCUGGGGAUGUAUCGAGGAUUGUGGCCCAACCUGCUGAAAGUGGCGCCAAGUAUCUCCGUGUCGUUCUUCUCGUACGAGCUCGUCAAGGAUUUCCUCCUCAGCUAGUUGAACACGUCGUGAUACUGGCCUUCGGAUCUUUCUGUCUCUCCUUGCACCAACAUUCUUAUUCGAGAUCCAUCAUCUCCUUCCCGGCCCUGGCCACCACCACCACCACCAUAUCCACAUAUCUCCUCACACUCCAGAACCUACACCACGCCCCGCCCACCAACCUACUCAUUUUACGUAUCCCACUAGAUGCCUCCCACUGUCCCUUAUCAUCGAUCGCGCGAUUCUUCGAAACCUCUACCGUGCGAAUGAACUUUGAACACGCUUCAAUCUUCAUACUUCAUAAUUAUUAUUUUCUCUUUCUCUCGUCCUAACGCGUCCAGUCCUGUUGUGCUUCUCCGGCCGUAUAUACAUAAGUUACCUACCUACAUCAUUUGAUUUGCUAUCUAUCUA